GUAAUGCAAUCUACUGCUUUGUCUGCAACUCAUUCGAGAAGUCAAUUUGUGGGGAUGACUUUAGGACUACCAGCAGUGAUGCAAACAGUAGAACAUGGUGUGAGGGAAGCUGCAUCAAGCGACGAGGCGAAAGAGUUGAUGGCUCCGUGCGGAGAAUUGAGAUAGUGCGUUCCUGUGUCACCAGACAGCCUGAGAGUUGCUACAAUGAGAACUAUAAUUCCUUGAAUGUAUAUACUUGUUCCUGUAACUCUGACUUCUGCAAUUUGUCUUCCAGGGUUUCAUCAUCAAGGUGUUUUGCUAUAUUUGUUGGUGUGUCUGUUUUAGCUUUAAUCAGAUUUUAUGUACUCAUUUGA